AUGGCUACCAUAUCAGCAAAGCGCAGUGGUCGGAGACCUGGCAGGCUGCAGAAUAAGCUCUCCUUCUCCUCCCGCUUCAACGACGAAAACGCCUCGCCCUAUUCCCCAUCUUUCUCAAAACCUUCUCCCACUCUUCUCGCUGACGUCACCAAUCCCGCGCUUCCACUUCCCGUGGAAACCGUUACCGGCAGCGAGGAGGUGCAUCCGGUGGGCCUGGCGGCCGUCACGCAAUGGUUUGACGGCUCCGUCAAGUCGGGCCACCCACCAACCGGCAGGUUCGGCGUCCGAUCUGCGCUACAGGAUUUUUCCGACAAUUCCUUCUUUUCCUUCCCGUCGGGAAAAUCAGCCGCUAUGUCCGCGUUUGGGAUGAAGAGCGUUAACGAGAACAGCCGUCGGAACACGUCGGUGCCUGCAGCUGCGGUCCCUCCGCAAAGCACGCAAUCCUUAGUCGAGAUGUUACCGCCGAACACGCUCAAGGCAACAGAGCUCGUGCCAUCCGUACCUAUCGUGCCGCCCCGUCUCUCCGCGUCCGUCCGUCAGUCUAUCUCCGGCGCUGCUCCGUUUCUUGCAAACUACACCAGUUCCUCUGCCGUCGGACUCGGUUCUGCUCCGUCAUCUCGACGGACGUCGUUCGCCGGCAGUGUUGACGGCAGCGUCUCUUCGUCGUCCGCAGCAAUGGUGUUUCCGCCCCCGUCGCGGACCAGCCAGCGGCGGAUCUCUGCCCUGGCGGAAGGCGCGGGGGAUUUUUCCGCCAUGCUGCCGGACGAGCGGGAGUUUCUUGCGGACGUGGCGGAGUUCCACGGACUCCCCGUCCGCGCGUCGCUGCAGUCUUUGCCGCCUUUGGCGGAAAGCUUCCCGCCACAGGCUCGGCAGCUGCAGAACGGAGCAGGGAGGCGAGUGCAACAGUUACUGCAGGCGAAGGACCUCGAAUUGAAAGUGCUGGAGGAACAGUUGCAACGCGUGGAGAUGGAACGGGAUGAGAUGGGUGGGAAGAUGAAACGGGCUGUUGAGGAGAUGCAACGGAUGGAGGAGCAGCUGAAACGCGAGGAGGAACGUGUGGGAAGCAUGGGCGAGGAGAUUAAGCGUGGGAUAGAGGGGAGCGAGCAGGCGGCGAGGGAAAUGAAACGCAUGGAGGCGGAGAUGAAACGGAUGGCGGAGGAGAUGAAACGCUCGGAGGGACGGUGCGGGGAGGUUGAGGCGUCGCGAGCCACGACUCAGGAGGCUCUGAACAGCGCCGUUGAAUCGAACUCCGCGCUGAGGGAUCUGAUGGCGCUGCAGGCGGCGCACAUCGCGGAGCUCAAAGCCCUCGUUCUCGGUCAGACCGAGGCCAUUCAGGAGCUGACACGUGGCAGCACGGCAACGAAUGUCGCGGAUGCGGGGAAGCCAGUAAGAGAAGAGGAGGACGCGGAGGGCAGCGAGGAGGAAAAGGAAAAGAUGGCGGACGAGAAGGCGGAGAAGGCGGAGGAAAAGGCGGAGAAGAAGGGGGAGGAGGCGGAGAAGGCGGAAGAUGCGAGGAGCGCGGGGAUGGAGGAGCUGAUGGCCAUGCUGUCUCACCAGUCCGCGGAGAUCUCCGCGCUCAGCCGCGCGGUGCAGGCCUCUACCUCCGCCCUCCGCCGCACCCCCUCGCCCUUAGCGUCCCCCUCCGCUUCCCCCGAGCCCAACACCCCACUCACGGCAAAACUCGCCGUAUCCGCAGGGGGAGGGGUAGGGGGAGGCGCAGGCGCAGGCGCACCCGCGGAGCCGGGGUUGUGGCGGAUGGGGCUCCCCCUGCUGGGGUCGCCCGUGGGGUUCACGCCCUCUCCCCCCGGCAAGGGGGAGAUGAGGGUGGUUGCGCGGAUCAAGGGGAACGUGUAUGGCGCAGUGCCCAAGUAUGGGGGCGCGGGGGCGGAUGGGACGCGCGCGGGGGAGAAGAUGGGGACGGUUGAGGAGGAAGGGCGGGGAGUGGCGAUCGGUGGUGGCGCUGGUAACAGUGGUUACAGUGGUAUCACUGUUAACUUUGUUAACAAUGCUAUGACUGGUGGCGGCAGUGGUGUUGGGGGGAGAAGCAGCAGUUGCGGUGUUGAGGGCGCUGCUGUGAUGGGCGGGGCAAGGAAGUUGUCUCUGGGGAUAGGCAGUAAUGGGAGAGGCUCGGCAGUGCUGCCGCAUCUCGCCCUGCCCCAAGUCCAAGGCCCCGUUGACCCCGUUGACCCCGUUGGCCCUGUUGGCCCUGUUGACCAUGUUGACUGUGCCGAGGAGGCUGGAGCAGGGAAGCAUGGCAAUGAUUGUACGGAGGGAGGAAGGGAGAACGCGGAGGUAGAUGAGGGAGAGGGAGAAGAGGAGGAGUAUGAGGAGGUACAGCAGUUCUUCUCUGCCCCUGCUUCUCCCUUCUCCUCCAUGCCCUCCACCCCCACUGCUGCUGCUGCCGCUGCUGCUGCCGUUGCUUCUGCUGCUGCUGCUGCUUCAGCUGAUGGUGAUGCUGCUGCUGCUGUCGCGGCUUCAACCGUUGAAAAGGUCGUUUCAACGGCGAAGGACAUCCAUGCAGGGGAGGGAGAGGAGGAGGAAGCGAAGACAAGGAAAGAGGAAGAGGAGCAGCAGCAGAGGGAGGUGCAACCGAAGGAGCAGAGGGAGAGUGGGAGGGGGAGGGCGAGUGAGGGCAGUGGGAGCAUAUUCCGAGUGGGAGGAGUAUUCAACCACGGAACCACCACCAGCAGCGCCGCCGCCGCAGAAAAGCCUCGGGUACCUCCAGGCUCGGCUUCAAGCAGCAGGCUCGGAAAGCUGGUUCGGGCGGAGUCUCAGCCGCAAGGGAGGACGGGGAGCAGGAAGUUAUCCAUGGAGUGUGGUGGGGGUGGGGGAAGGGAGAGAGGGGAGGGAGUGCGGGGGGAAAGGCUGAGGGCGAGUGUGGAAGGAGGGAUGGUGAGAAGCAGGAGUGAGAGAACCCCUUUUACCGGUCCCCAUGCUCCCCCCAACACUCCUGAUGCUUCUACUGCUCGAGAGCAACGGGGUGGGAGGGCAGGAGGAGGGGGUGAGGGUGUGGAGGGGCGGGCACUGAGGGAGACUGGGCGAGUGAACAGCCGGAACGGUGAGGGGGAGAGGGCAGCAGCGGGAAAGGGCGUGCGGAGUGGGGCGAUGCCGAGAUGGAAGUUCUGA